AUGGUUCGCAAUGCAGAGUCACGCAGCACUGCAUUUGAUGAACAGGAACCAAUCCUGGAAGUAGACAAGACACAGCAGGAUGCAGCAGCAACUGGACACAAAGACAAUUCCAGAAAGGCCUAUUACCGUGAAUUCAGAAAGGUACUUGAGAAUGCAGAUGUGGUGCUGGAGAUCCUUGAUGCACGCGAUCCCAUCGGUACCCGUACACUUCAGGUUGAGCGUAUGAUUAUGGAUAGUGGAGUAUCAAAGCGAGUGAUUCUUGUAUUGAACAAGAUUGAUCUUGUACCAAAGGAGAAUGUUGACAAGUGGCUAAAGUACCUUCGAAAUGAAUACCCAACAAUUGCCUUCAAGGCAUCUACACAGAACCAGCGUCGCAACCUGGGCCACUCGAGUGUCGCUACGGAUGCGGCUACCGAGGAUCUCUUAAAGUCUUCCGAGUGCUUGGGCGCAGAUAUGUUGGUCAGUCUGUUGAAGAACUACUGCCGAAGUGUGAAUAUGAAAACCUCGAUUACGGUUGGAAUCAUUGGUUACCCCAAUGUUGGUAAAUCUUCUGUGAUUAACUCGCUCAAGCGAUCCAAGGUGUGUGGUGUUGGAUCCACACCUGGCUUUACAAAAGUCGCACAGCAGAUCACACUAGACAAGAAUAUCAAGCUGCUCGAUUGUCCAGGUAUUGUGUUUGCGCAGCAGGGACAGGAUGGUAGAACAGAUGCAGAGAUUGCAUUGCGUAACUGUAUCAAGGUCGAAUUGCUCGAAGAUCCAAUAACACCGGUUGAGGUUAUUGUGGCAAGAUGUCCUACUGAGCAACUGAUGACCAUGUACGAUGUACCUUACUUUGAAAGUGCAAAUGAAUUCUUGAUUUCACUAGCACAAAAAUGGGGAAAACUUAGAAAGGGUGGUAUUCCAGAUACUCACUUGGUUGCAAGAACUGUAUUGAAUGAUUGGAAUGGUGGUAAAAUCAAAUUCUGGACAGAACCACCAGCUGCCGACAAGAGUCACAUUGGUGCUUCUGUUGUUACCUCUUGGGGUGAAGCGCUUGAUAUGAACUUUGCAUAA